AUGUGGCCGCUACCCGGGAACUCCAAUCUUCUCAGCUCCGGUAUCGUUGCAGAUGUCCAGGGUGCAGCCGAUUGCUUCGAAAAGGCCGUGCAGGGCGAGUUGUUCUACGAAGACCCUGAAGACGUCGCAAUCAAAUCAUGCACUCUCAGCGAGGAUAGUGAGUAAGAGCAGAUUCGUCACUGUCCAAACAGCAACUGAUCAGCCCAUGUAGAACCCUACGAGGAGGUCAUUCUCCAAUCCGAGCAAGACCUUUCAAAGCACCUGUAGGUCUCUGUCGUCGUCAAGAGGUACUUUGGUGCUGAGCCCUCUUUCCAGUGCUGGCACCAAUACCGAUUCAAGGACAAGCAGAACGUUCAUUGUCAGCCAGGAAUCCUCCCGAAGCCCAUUAGACGCCACAUCAUCAGCUUUUCAGGCUCUCCUGGAGUCCGUCAACGCAUUUCCAGCUGUGACGAAAAUUGUCGAUGCGUUCGUACCAGAUUUCGGUUCGGAUUACUACGCUGGCAGAGGCGGGAUUCAUUUUGCUCCUGCUCACGUUCACAGAGACACUAAAGGUGCGCCUGUCCACGCUGCGGUUAUCUGCUACUCUUUCUGACGAAUAUUGCAGUGCUGGAAAUAUGCGCUCUGCUCAAAUACGUGGAACGCAACGAUCGCGGUGUUGGCGUCUUUGGAUAUUCGAUCCGCCAGAUGGGUGUCUAUUUCAGCUUGGAUGUCGAGGGGCAGAGAGAUACGUCGAUUCUCAUCAACCCUUCGAUCGAGUUGUGGCGCCGCUUCAAAGCCCAUUCUCCGUCGGGCGCCAAACCAUGGGAACACUGGACGCACGCUCCAUUGCUCUCGUUCACGUCCCUCGCAGCGGGAUGGACGGCUUAUGUCGGCGAGCUACAUAACGCCGUGGUCAAGACUAUGAACGACGCAGCGUUCUACAAGCCGGAAGGUAUACUCAAAGUCGUGGACACUGAAACCUUGAAGAGCAGUGCUGUUUUCAAGGAUCGCCUUCAGCAUGCGUCCCAUGUGCUCGAGAACAACCGCCAGACGCUUCGUGCGGCCCUUGACGAAUCAAGGCGAAGGCAAAAACAGCUUCAGGAUCCAGCAGAAUCUGAAUACGAGACGUUCCAUCGAGGAGUUGAAGACACCAUGAGAGAGCUGCAAUUUCUUCAAAACCAAGUGCACCUGAUCACGCAAAGGCUUGAUCAGACUGCCACUUCUGUGAGUCUCCGCUUCCCGGUGAGGCACGCUUGCUUUGCCAUCGGCUUACGACUGCAGUUCCGAGACGUUGCAACAAUUGAGAAUUUCAACUUCAUGGGGCGAAUGACUGCGAGAUCGAUUGUCGAAGCGCAGGCCGUGCGAAUCAUCGCUCUGAUCACCUUCAUCCUCCUUCCGCCAACCUUCACCACCGGCUUUCUCGAGAUGGGUUUCCUGCACGAUAUCUCGUACAAUGACGGCAGAUUGGAACUGAAGGCCGAUCCAGGGCUGCUGCUCUAUCUGGCCAUUACGCUCCCGCUCAUGGUUGUGACCGUGGGGGGCUGGUUCCUUUGGGACUUUCGCACAAAGCGCAAUCUGCAGAAACAGCGGGAGUAUAAUAUCGUCUAG